CUUUCGAAACAUCACUGCGUAAGGAAAUGAAUCGUUUAGCACCAGUUGUGUUUCAGUCCGUAAGCAAUUGAAUUGGAUUUUCCGUCAUAUUUUCGCAGGUUGCUUGUUGUUGUGAGUUUGUAAGUACAUAGCCUACGUAGACGUCUACUUGAGACUAUACGUGUCACAUGGUUAUCAUAUUUGUAACUACAGACGGAAUUGCAGACGGAACUAUCAAAAUGAACCCUUUGGAUACACUUGACGACCGCCAACUUCAAGGGUUUUUCAGGCGCAGUAAGACAGAAAUGUCUUGCAUGGAUAAGCCACAAUCACUUUUAAAGCAACUGCGGGACCACGAGCUCAUUCUUGAGGAGAAAUUUCAGGAGAUGAUCCGUAUAAAGAGCAAGGAAGUAAUGCAGGACAACGUAUAUGAACUUCUGAACUGGAUCGAGACAGAGCGACCCUUGGACAUCAGGUUGUUCUGGAUCUGCGUCUUCAAGGAAUUCAUCAUGACCCAGUACCCCACUCUGAAGCAGCUACAAGACUCUCUUCGCUCUCUGCCGAACGGGGAAAAUGCGGAGAUUUGGACGUUGGAUAAGUACAGGCACCAUCUGCCUGUUACCUGUGGUGACAAGCAGGGGACGCUCGACCGCGACAAACUGGCAAAAGGGGAGCCGUGCAUCCGGAGCAACAACGAGUGGUACACACCCAUAGAGUUUGAGAAGCUGGGCGGCAAGGAGAGCUCAAGGAACUGGAAGCAGAGUAUCCAUUUCCAGGGCCCCCCGUUAAAAGAGCUAUUGGAGCACGGACACCUGACAUGCCCGGGAUAUAAUAAGAGCAAGGCUAAGAAAUCAACGCUCCCCUGCAGCUCAAAUACCGUUUCAGCUAUCUCUGAAAGCGAAGAAGAGAUGGAGGAAGAGGAGGGGGAGGAGGAGGAGCUGCAGGCCAACCCGGAUGAAGAGGAGGUCAGCAUUGAGGACGAAGUGGAACUGCAGGGGAAUGACAGCUCUACCCAGCGUUCCGAUACAGGCUCCUUCCCACUUUCUGAUGAGGAGAGCAGUGGCGAACAUGCAAGGGAAGGACUCUCGGAAGACAAGUCCAUAGGGAAAGAGAGAGGGGGGAGAGAUAAACUUGGGAGUUUCUGUGACCGGGACGAGCAGCAGGGACACUCUUCUUCUCAGGCUUCUCCAAGGAAGAGGAAGCCAACCUUCGGCUCUCUGCCGAAGGGGGAAAAUGUGGAGAUCGGGACGUUGGAUAAGUACAGGCACCAGCUGCCUGUUACCUGUGGUGACGAGCAGGGGACGCUCUACCGCGACAAACUGGCAAAAGGAGAGGCGUGCAUCCUGAGGAACAAUGAGUGGUACACACCCCGCGCGUUUCAGAAGCUUAGCGGCAAGGGCAGCCGCAGUAACUGGAAGAAGAGUAUCCGUUGCAACGACACCACGUUAGAAAAGCUAUUGAAGGACGGACACCUGACAUGCCCGGGAUAUAAUAAGAGCAAGGCUAAGAAAUCAACGCUCCCCUGCAGCUCAAACACCGACCAAGGAGAUAAUCUGGAGGAAGUGACAGACGAGAGGCCCAGGGUCGGCCAGAAUGAGUUCAGAGUGAUAUGUGGAGCUCUGAGUGGGAUGCUGCACAAGAGCCGCUUUGCCUCAGGGAGGUGUGGGAACAGUAUUCGGACGGAGGACCGUUGGAUGAGUCCAGCGGAGUUCGUGGCGCAGGGUUCAGCAAUGGCUAACGCCCUCUGGAGGAGGGACAUCCAAUGGGAAGGACAGCCGCUCGACAGUCUCAUUGAGAGGAAGAUGUUGCACUUACACCCUGAGCAGUGUUUUUGUGGACUGUGCCAUCCAGACCCUCAAGCCCUGAAGGAACAGAAGAACGAUGAUGAUUGCUUUUUCUCGUGUGGGGGACUGGGUGACCUGGUGAUGUGUGACCACUGUCCACGCUCCUUCCACCAUAAGUGUCACCUGCCCCAGCUGGACCCCUAUAUAGUGGAGGACGACAGUAAAUGGAUGUGUACAUUCUGCAUCUGGAAUAGGAAUGAGUAUCUCCCUCGAACGACGUACGAAGAGACCCUCAUGAUUCCUGUCUCCAACCACAUGCUGCCGUGCCACUACCUGCUCCUGUCUCUGUACCAUGCAGACAAGGAUCACAUUUUUGCAAAAGAUCCAUGCAUCGAUGUGAGGGGAUACAGCUCUCAUAUCGUGACUCCUAUGUGGCUGGACAAGAUCACAGAGCAGCUCCUAGACCAGCAGUACACCAUCGGAAUGUUAUUAACCGAUAUCCAACUCAUUUUCUCCAACUGCGAUACAUUUAACCAGAAUAAACCAGAGUUCCGGGACAUGGGAAUCAAGCUGAAAGAGGUCUAUGAACAAUUUGUGGAAAAGGUUUUUCGCAGGCAGUAGCAGAAAAAUGCAACGUGCUGAUGGACCUUGGACAUGCUAGAAUUAAAUGCGUGGAUUUGUCACCGUGCUGCGUUUACCACGUUAAGGAACAAGGCAGUUUAGCAAUAAGAACGGGUACUCGUCUGUGUGAAAGGCAUAACAUUCCUUACUUUAACCUAAAAUAACUUUUUUAUAAUGUUCUGGUCUUUAAUGUAUAGAAAUAGGGCUGUCAAAUAUUAUCAAAUGGAAUGACACAUUAUCAUUAAUACAAAAUAUACUUCAUAAAUAAAAACUAGACCAAGUGAU